AUCAGCUGUUAGACCUGCGCAUAUCGGACAAAUCUUCGCCAAGUGUGUCGCCAGACAGUCUGAUUUUCCAUGAUUUUCGUCCUAACUGUUGCAGUAACCAAGCAAUGACAUUUUGCAUAUCCCGGUAUUUCAACGAAUCAAGUAAAUGGACGUUAGAUCACGCUGUCUGCUUGGAAGGUUGAUUGAUCUUCGUCAACAACACGGGAGCGGCUUAACGAGCGCCUUAAUUGUGACUGUGACACUGUUGUCAGUGUGCCUGACCCUGUGGACGGCAGUGAGAGCUUAAAGCAUGUCCUUCAUUAACUCUAUUACUGUGCGUGUGUACACUGUGGCAUUUUGACAGCAAUGUUUUAUUUUUAGAUGUUUUACGCGAAAGACUAAUUUAAUGCUCAGGAUCAACUACUUAUGUACUAGUAUCAGUAUUAGCCCCUUAUAUAACGUUAUUAAUGUGCGUAGGUUAUUCAAAAUGGAAAAGAACGCUGCAGAGAACAGAGUUGACCAGGGGAGACGGACGUUUUUAUAUUUUGCGUAUGGAAGUAACUUACUUAAGGAGAGAAUACUUAUUAACAAUAAGUCCGCAGUAUUUAAAGCGGUCGGCCAUAUACAGGACUGGGAGCUAACAUUUGCCAUGUUUUCUCAGCGCUGGCAAGGCCAUGUUGCCACUAUUCUACCUGUCCAGAGGGCCCAGUGUUGGGGAGUGGUGUGGGAACUGGACAUCUCGGAUAAGCAGAACUUGGACAAUCAAGAAGGUGUAUCAAGAAUGGUCUAUAAACCAAUAGAGGUACAGGUUACUUGCGAAGAUGGAUCCAUCCUGGAGUGCAGAACUUAUGAGCUAUUAAGACCAUUAGAGAGAGGCCUUGGUCCACCCUCGCCACAGUACAAGAACGUCAUUGUGUCCGGAGCAAGACAGAAUGGCCUUCCUCAGGAUUACAUUGCCCAGUUGGAGGCCAUCGAAGACAAUGGAUACAGUGGAACAUUGGAUAUUACCUCAUCAUUAAUAAAAAAUACAGAUAAUUAAACUCAGUGUUUAGGUUAUAGAACAUAUAUGAUUUUAGUCUCAUAUUUUUUUCUUUUACUUUUAGAAUCAGGUGCUAGUAUUGCAAAAUUUAUGCAAAUCUGUAAUUUUGUUUUAAACUAUAUGAAGAUUUUUGUUGAUA